UGGAUAAAUUUACUGCGUAAAGAUGGCGUUCCUGUCAGUGCCACGAUGCUGCGUCUGAAAGGGGCUGAGCUGGCGGAGCGCUUAGGCAUCGAUGCCACGCAACUCCGGCUAAGCAACGGCUGGCUUCAAAGCUUUAAGAAGCGCAAUGGGAUCCGCUCCCAUACGCUACACGGCGAAGGUGGCGCUGUAGAAGCUGAUGAAGUGCGAGAUGCGAGGCUAGAACUACAAGAGUUGGUGGCGCAGUUUACACCCGAGAAUGUGUUCAACUUCGACGAAACGGCGCUUUUCUAUCGCUUAGCGCCUAAUCGAACGCUAGCUACGACUAUUCGCAAGGGCAAGAAAAAGGAGAAGCAACGUUUGACUUUAGCCUUCUGCUGCAACGCGACUGGCUCCGACAAGCUCGACCCAAUAGUCAUCGGUACGGCCAAGAACCCGAGGUGCUUUAAAAAGGGAGCGGCGAUUAAAGGUAAACCUAUAUUGUACAAGUCCUCCAAGAACGCCUGGAUGACAUCCGUCAUUUUUGACGAAUGGCUGCACCUCUUCAACAUGAGAAUGGCGGCCGCCAAUCGCAAGGUCCUACUUCUAGUCGACAAUGCUUCAUGCCACAAGAUUCUACGAAACCUGACUCAUGUGACUGUUCACUUCCUCCCUCCUAACAUGACAUCCGCCGUACAGCCGCUGGAUGCAGGUAUUAUCCGGUCGUUCAAGGCUCGGUACCGAAAGUAUUUUGUGCGGUGGUGUUUGGAUGCACUUGAAGCUAAAAUUACACGCAAGAUCAACGUACUGGAAGCUGUUCAAUUCUCCAUUGAUGCUUGGGCGGGUGUGACGCCAACGACAAUUACAAAUUGCUGGGUCAAG